AUGACCCCACGGCCCCGUAAACUCCCGUCAUUCUUCCCGCCCCCCCUCCCCCGAUCAAAACCAUCACCACCUCACCCUCCCGCUUACUUCACUGCCGAGAGCCUGAAACCUCAGGAGCAGAUGACAACAGCCAGUGUGAACGAAGCGCCACCCUCAGGGUCAGCCGAGCAUUUCCGCUUCCCACAGUCCCCUGGGAACGUGAAGUCAAAGCAAUGCGCACGCGCAGUGGCUUUGAAGGCGGGGCAACAAAGCCUAUGGCCGAUAUGGCGCUCCUCGGCCCGCGCUUCAAUGGUUAUGACAGUGUUCGCUCUAAGCGGAGAAGGAAUGUGUGACCAUUUCCAACGGUUAACUUGCAUUUCUCAGAUAGUUUGGAUGAGUUACAACCCAAAUCUGCAAACUCAAUACAGCCAGACCCUGGGAAGUGACCCUCUCCAAGCCUCCUGUACAAGUCCCAGGAAAAGAGCCUGUUUUCCCUUGGACAUGUGAGCAGUGAAUUACUGCUCAUUCAGAAUUUCAUGUGCAUGUGUUACUGAUGGCCAGGUUUAGAGAUACCAACCUAUUUAUUUCUAGAGGAGAGGUGAUUUGAUAACCUUUUCAGAUAUCACUAUCACUAGGCAGAAAAGGGUUAAUAGUAUGAUAGGGUUAAUAUGUCCUGAGGACAGUAGAGAAACUGCAAACUGCAGAAGCACCUGAUCUGUGUCCCUGGCCAGCAUCUCUCCAUAUCCUGAUUCUGUAAGAUCAAGUGUUUAUGCAGAAAGAGAAGGGACUGAUGAUUUGAAUGUGACCAGAUGCAGGGCAUGCCCUUAUGGCCAUGCCAGCAUUUGCUAUUCAUGAUGUUAGUAUUCAAAAAUCAAGAAACACUCUGCCUGGGCCAUUGGUGUCUACUAAUCCAUUGGAAGAAAAGACUGGAAUCCACCACUUACUAGCUUCUUGGGCCUCAGUCCCCUCUUUUCUGCCAUAGCUAAGGACCACCUAACCUAGAUGGCUGUUGUUAUUGUUCAAAGGAACAUCUUUAGAGCCUCAAGCUCAGGAAUAGCCCAUGGCAGGUACCUGGUAAAUGUUAGUUUUCAUUGUCCUAUCCCAACACUAUGAAACAUGCAGCACUCUCUGCAACUGCCCCUGUGGAUUUCCAUAGGCAGGAGAGUAUCCAGUGUUGAGUGGAGCUGGUAUUCUCAGAAACGAAGCCCCUUUCCUCAUUUUGUGCCAAUCUCCAGUCAUUUUUACCCUAGUAGUAUCAUGCUUUGGCAAAGUCACUGUCAUCUGAUGUUAACAGUUGUUUUUGGGCCGGGCGCGGUGGCUCACGCUUGUAAUCCCAGCACUUUGGGAG